ACCGUCUUCUUACAAUUCCUUUGUCCACCCAUGUCCCUGGUGGAGUCGUGGGUGUUUCACUCUCAGGCCUUGACGCCCAGGGUCAAAAUGGUAAAAAUAUAUUCUCAGUGAUCCCAAAAUCGAAAUUUGGCCUCUUUUCUUCUCUCUGCUUAUUCUCUGUUCUUCUCCUUCCGUCGAUCCAUCCUCUUAGUUCGAUUUUCUCAGAUUAAGCAACAUUGGUUGAUGGGUACAUCAUCUGGUUCUAACAUCCACCACCAGCCUUCAACAAAAAUGUUGCCUCCACGUCAGCAACCCCGCCCUGGAGGACUACAGACUUCCCUGUCCCUAGUCUCUUCAGAUCCUCACCUGUCUCCUGAUGCUCAAGAACUCAGAUCAAACUCGGAUAAUAUCCAUGAGUCCCCUAGUGAGAGUGCUAGUUCUAGAGAAACUUGGCCUACUGCUGAUGCUGUAAUGGCCAAGAAGAUGGAGAAUGGAAAAACAGAAAAUGAUUGCCCUGAACAGUCCGUCAUUCACCGUGUUUCUAGUGCUGAUAAGAUAUCUCUUCGUGACAUAGCAAGAGAACGAGUUGAUAUUAUUUCUGAAAAGAUGCAUCAUUUGCCUGAUGAGUUUCUAGAAGAGCUAAAGAAUGGGCUCCGAGUUAUACUAGAAGGAACUGGUGGUUCACAGCAUAGAGAGGAAUUUUCGAUUCUGCAGAGGUCUGUUCAGGUUAGAUCUGAUUUGACCGCGAAGACAUUAAUUAGAGCACACCGGGUGCAGCUUGAAAUCCUUGUUGCAAUAAAUACUGGAAUUCAAGCAUUUUUGCAUCCAAGUAUUAGUCUUUCUCAAACAUCCCUCAUUGAGGUCUUUGUUUUCAAGAGAUGCAGAAACAUAGCAUGCCAAAAUCAACUUCCAGCUGCUGAUUGUACUUGUGAAAUAUGUUCCAACAGGAAAGGUUUUUGCAAUCUGUGCAUGUGUGUGAUCUGUAACAAGUUUGAUUUUGAAGUCAAUACUUGUCGUUGGAUUGGGUGCGAUCUAUGUUCUCAUUGGACUCACACUGAUUGUGCUAUUCGUGAUGGACAAAUUUCUAUGGGCCCUUCUGUAAAGAGUGGAUCUGGCCCAGCUGAAAUGCUUUUUCGAUGCCGGGCCUGCAAUCGAACAUCUGAACUCCUAGGGUGGGUGAAAGAUGUUUUUCAACAUUGUGCACCAGCAUGGGAUCGAGAGGCUUUAAUGAGAGAACUUGAUUUUGUCAGUAGAAUCUUCCGAGGAAGUGAAGACAACAGAGGCAGGAAACUUUUUUGGAAAUGUGAGGAACUUAUUGAUAAAAUGAAGGGUGGAAUUCCAGAGUCAACAGCCUGCAAAGUAAUUCUUAUAUUUUUUGCAGAACUUGAGGUAGACUCUCCUAAGAGCUUGGAAAAUGGGGAGGGUGGAAGGCUAAUAGCUCCACAGGAGGCAUGUAACCGAAUUGCUGAAGUGGUACAAGAGGCUACAAGGAAGAUGGAGUUGGUGGCUGAUGAGAAGAUGAGAAUGUUUAAGAAAGCCCGCAUGGCUCUUGAGGCUUGUGACCGUGAACUGGAGGAGAAGGCCAAAGAAGUGACAGAACUAAAGCUAGACAGGCAAAAGAAGAAGAUACAGAUAGAAGAGCUGGAGAGAAUUGUGAGGCUUAAGCAGGCAGAGGCUGAUAUGUUCCAGCUCAAGGCAAAUGAGGCAAAACGAGAGGCUGAGAGGCUGCAGAGAAUUGCUCUUGCUAAGACUGACAAAUCAGAAGAAGAAUACGCCAGCAGCUACCUCAAACUUCGUUUAAGUGAAGCAGAAGCUGAGAAGCAGUAUCUUUUUGAGAAAAUUAAGCUGCAGGAGAGUUCACAUGCAUCACAAAGCAGCGGUGGGGUUGACGCUUCUCAGGUGUUGACAUAUUCCAAAAUUCAUGACCUGCUUGAUGGCUACAAUGGCCCCCCAAAGUCAGAAUUGCAGCCAAAUGAGCGCCAUCAUUUCAGGACAAAUCCCUGAGGAAAUGCUUUCUGAUUUGUUAUAAUAUUAACCAUGUCAUUUAGGAUCGUCACUCUGUUUCUGAACAAGAGUGAAUGAAAUGCUAGUUGGUUUCAUUUUAUUCAUCUUUUCAGGCAGCAGCGUCACUAUUUCUAGGAAUUAAAAAGCUAAAGCUAAGGUGUAAGUUAUUAUUUUUAUAAUUUUUCUGCAUAAAGUUGUAUUAUGCAUUUAUAGUUUUUGCCUAUUUACAGUUAAAUUGUACUCGUGCAUAUACAAAUUAGACUGGCAGAUGUUCCUGUGGAUGUGCAGUUGCACCUCUUGUCCAUGUGUAAGGUUUUAAGUUUGAACAAACACAAUGGUGGUAGCUUGUGUGUAAAAUGUGCUGUUGACAUUCUCAAUUUUACUUGCUUUUUUUGGCUUC